AUGGACGACCUUAGGUUAUGUGAUAUCUUUCCGGAAAUAGAUGAAGAGGAAUUGUGCGAAUUGGAACUUGAGCAGCCUUGGGUUACGGAAGUUUUUAAUUCGAUUGAAGAAAAGUUAUACACGGAUGACUUAUUGACAGAUGUUGUUUCAAAAAAUAUCAGUAAAAUCGAAAAUCUCGAUCCGGAAAUAUAUGAAUUUGUAAAUGAUAUGGUUGUCGGUGACGAGGUUGAAGUUAAAAACACACCCGAAGCCCCAGUUGUGACUGUGAGCAAUCCGUCAAACAAAUGGGAUCCUUUCAUCUGCCAGGAUAAUUUGAUGAAUGCUAACUCAUCCGAAACUUCAUCGGAAAACCUCCACUUAUCUCCGGACCUGGAAAGUAAUUGUUCAACUUCGCCAUUUUUAUCGGACUCUGGCGUCGGUUCCUCUGGCUCGGAUCCCUCUCCAAAUAAAAGAUCUAAGAAGUCGCACAUCGAGCGGGAAGAUCCGAUAGAGACAAUUAAACGCAGUCCGUCUUCUGAGGACUGUGCAGUGACGCCUGUUUCGGAUGCGUCCACGAAUUCUGCCGGUCGCAUUCAUUACGUUCUUCAACGGGGACAGACGUUUAUUUUUCAAACGGACAAACCCAAUGGGUUGAAUGGACAACAGCGUUGCAAGACAGGGCCUGCGAUAGUGUCUCUUCCUUCUCGGGUCGUUGAAGGCUCCGGUAAGCCCGUUUGCACAUUCGCCCUCGAAUAG